CCGGGGCGUCUGGAGCUGCGCUCGGAGUCCCUGCUAGGACUCAGCCCUGGAGCAGCUGUGGGGGAAACGUUGCCUCCUGCACCGGCGUUGUGGAUCAGGGUGAAGAGGAUAGAGCCUGUGUCUGGCUCCCGAGGAGGUUUUUCGUCCUGCUCAGCUAGGGGAACAGAGCUGCCUGCCUGGCCUGCUGGUGUGGAUCCUAGUUGCCAUCAUAAGCUUCUUGCUAGCCACCAUGGACCUAAGUAACCCUGCAACACUGGCGUCCAUCUCAAGUAGCAUAACAAGGCCUUCUAUGCCACGGCCACUGAAGAACCUGUAUAAAGGUGAACCAAUGGCCCUGGGGAUCACACAGAUACUUAUUGGAAUUCUGGAAAUUGCUUUUGGGCUUGUGAUAGUCAUAGCAGAUCGUGAUCAUUUCCCUCAUACUCAUAUCGUAAAUCCAUACUGGACUGGAAUCCCGUACAUCAUUUCUGGAUCCCUGUCUGUGGCAGCGGCCAAGGACUCCAAGUUAUCAGUGGUGAAAGGCAUGCUGGGAAUGAAUGUUGUGAGUGCCGUGGCAGCUGGCAUUGGGAUUGUGAUACUCUCCGUUUAUGUAGCAUAUCCAAGAUACCAUUACAUGUGCGACUCAUAUUAUACAGAGCACGUACCAGAGGAAAUUUGCCAUGAAGCCAUUAUCAUCCCCCAUGCUGUCAUGUUCAACAUGAGUGUGAUUCUCUUGGUGUUCACCAUCCUCGAAUUCGUCAUCGCCAUCACUGGUGCUGCCUUUGGGUGUGCCAGCAUUUGCCGGAAUGCCUACAGCGAAACGACUGUAGUGGUUUUUCAGAACACAGACCAGGGGGCUCCUCCUGCUUUCCCAGGACCAGCCAAGGUGGAUGAGGUACCCUGAGCAUCCCUGACCUCCUUCAUUCCUGAUCUAAUAUUUUGGACUCCCUUUUGACGAAAGGCUAAUUGCACAGCAUGUCUUAUCAGGCAGAGGAUUUGCUAAACAUCUUAACUUUUUUAAAAAAAUGCAAAAUAUUGUAAAUAAACCAGCAAAGUGGCUGGAUUUUUAAAAUAAGAA